GGAAGAGAAAUAGCCAAACUUCUGAUUAGAGAGGGGACUACUACGGCUCCUUCCAUUAUGAACUCUUCAGCUGACAAAGCUUCUUACCUUUAGCAUAAAACUACCUGCAUCAACCGCAGAGAUUCUUGAAGGAGUCAGUGUGACAAGGCAGUGGCUAUUUCCACUUGCCUUCAUGUUGAAUUCCAGAUGUGUCCUGUGAAAGUAUUUACUUUGAAUGGAAGUUGCACUUGCCCAUUGAAAAUGAGACACUUCCAAUUGAACUUGCUUCUCAUCUGUAUGGCAACCACCACUGCUAUUCUUGUUGUGCCAUGGAAAGUCAAAUGUCCAUUGCAGUGUGUCUGCCAGAUCAGACCAUGGUAUACUCCCAGGUCUGUGUACAGGGAAGCAGCCACAGUUGACUGCAAUGAUUUGUUUAUCUCCACAGUGCCUGAAAGAUUGCCAGAGGGGACACAGAUUCUUCUCUUGCAAAGCAACAAUAUUGUCAAGGUCGAGCAGAGUGAACUGGGCUAUCUGAAAAACCUGACAGAGCUAGAUUUAUCACAGAACAGUUUCUCAGACAUUUGGGACUUUGGUCUGAAAAAUAUGCCUCAAUUGCUGAGUCUUCACUUGGAAGAAAACCAGCUGGCUGAACUUCCCGAUAACAGCUUCUCAAACCUGGCUAAUCUUCAGGAACUUUAUCUUAAUCACAAUCAAAUACGCAGGAUUUCUCCCCAAGCCUUCUUAGGUCUUGGAAAUCUCUUUCGACUCCAUCUCAACUCCAACUUCUUAAGGACAAUUGACAGUCGUUGGUUCCAAGUACUACCCAGUCUGGAGAUCCUAAUGAUUGGUGGCAACAAAGUAGAUGCCAUUCUGGAUAUGAACUUCAGGGCUUUAUCAAAUUUGAGAAGUUUGGUUCUGGCUGGAAUGAACCUGAGAGAGAUUUCAGAUUAUGCUCUUGUAGGCUUAAAAAAUCUGGAGAGUCUGUCUUUCUAUGAUAACAAGCUGAUCAGUGUUCCCAAGCGAGCAUUGCAGCAAGUUCCUGGACUUAAGUUCCUGGAUCUGAAUAAAAAUCCACUUGAGAGGAUUAAGCAGAGUGACUUCACAAACAUGCUACACCUCAAGGAACUGGGACUCAACAAUAUGGAAGAACUGGUUUCUAUUGACAAAUUUGCCUUGAUCAACUUGCCUGAAUUAACAAAAUUAGAUGUGACCAACAACCCUAAACUAUCCUAUAUUCAUCCCAGUGCUUUCCAUCAUCUCCCCCAGAUGGAAACUCUCAUGCUCAACAACAAUGCUCUAAGUGCUUUGCAUAAGCAAACACUAGAGUCCCUCCCCAGUCUGCAAGAGAUAAGCAUCCACAGCAAUCCCCUCCACUGUGAUUGUGUCAUCCGCUGGGUCAAUAGUACUGAGAACCACAUACGCUUUAUUGAGCCUCAAUCCACAUUGUGUGCUGAACCUCCAGACCUAAAAAGAAAACAUAUACGUGAUGUCCCCUUCAGAGAAAUGACGGAUAGAUGUUUACCCCUCAUCUCUGACAAAAGCUUCCCUUCUUAUUUAGAGGUAGUAGAUGGUGAAGACAUCUCUCUUCAUUGCAGGGCUUUAGCAGAACCAGAACCAGAGAUCUACUGGGUCAUACCAUCAGGCCUUAAGCUAUUGCCAUUCUCAGAAGAUGGAAAGUAUAAAGUGGACUCUGAGGGGACAAUGGAGAUUCGCAAGGUCACAGUACGAGAGGCAGGCCUCUAUACGUGCAUGGCUCAAAAUCUCAUAGGUGCCGACACUAGAAGCAUCAGCCUAAUAGUCAACAGUUCUUUUCCUUUUAGUGAAGACACGCUAGAGCUGAUCAUUGAGGAAGUCCAGACUUACAAUAUCCUGGUUUCAUGGAAGCCUCAUAUCAAUACCAUUUCAUCUAAUCUCACUUGGUCCAGUUUCAACCCCGGCUUGGACUUAACAAAUGUAGCCCGUAUUCCAACAGGUACCCACAUCUAUAACAUCACAAGAUUGCACCAUGAUACAGAAUACUGGGCCUGUCUUCAUAUAGCAUUUGCAAAAUGGCAGACCAAGGUUGCCUGUGUCAAUGCAAGGACUAAAGAGGCUCAAUACCAGUACUUAGAAAGCAGGCAGGGGGCCCUGAUGGUAUUGUUCCUCUGCAUGUUGAUGCUAUCUUUAAGCCUCAUAGGCAACUAUGGUUUAAGUUCUUUCAAAUUUCAAUCUAGAAACCAGGGAAUCUGCAUGCCAUGGAAAAGAGCCUCAUCUUCGGUUCGUGUAGUAUAUCCAACCUUUAUCAAACAGUGGGAUCAAGAGAGAAAGAGUGAGACACUCCUAGCCAUGGAGGUACAAGCAACAUCACUGGACUCGUGAAGGUUGCGGGUUUUUUCCUCUGCGAGAAGGGUGGAUAAAUAUAUCUGGUG